CUAGGGUACCUCCGAGGCCACCAAGGGCUGAUGGUGGGGUGUUUGAUUUCGAGGAGCCGUCUCCUAUACGGCCAGUGAGAGACGCAGACGAGGCAAUUGCACCCACUGAGGGUCGUGCUGCUCACGCUGUGGCCGAGGCCGAAACGCUGACAGGGCGGCGAGUUAUCAGGAUCAUGGAAUUUAUCCGGCAGAUCCAAAAUGACCGCCACUCUGAAGCGUUUGGCUGCUCCUUCAAGAACAGCGAGUUCCAAAGAGAAGUGCGGAAAGGGUUCCAGUCAAUCCUGGUGUUCAAGUGCUCCAUGUGCAAUGAGGAGACCAGGUUGAACACGGACCUACGUGGCCCGGAUGAGCUUGGCGUCAACGACGCCAUGGUCCUUGGUGCUGUCGCCGGUGGGGGUGGUUUUGCCAAUGUGGACGAGAUCGCAGCGGCAGCGGACAUGCCGUGCAUGUCGCAGCCAACUUACAUCGCCCACGAGGCGAAGGUAGGCGCGAUGUUCGAGCAAGCCGCGCUGGAGAGCAUGCAGAAAGCAGGUGCGGAGGAAAAGCGUCUGGCGCUGGAGAACAACGACUUAGCGCCAGACGGCACGCCACGGAUCAGGGUCAUCGCGGACGGCAUGUGGAGCAAGAGGUCCUACGGGAACAAGUACGAUGCCAAAUCAGGCACGGCAAGUAUAGUUGGAUUCCGCACGCGCAAAGUGCUGUACUACGGCACGCGCAACAAACACUGUUAUGUGUGCGUGCUCGAUGCCAACCAAAACAAACCAAAGAGGGACCACGAGUGCUCCAAAAACUUUACCGGUCACAGCGGCCAGAUGGAAGCUGCGAUAAUUCUUGAGGGAUUCAAGGCCAGUGUUGAGAUGCACGGCGUGAAGUAUUACCAGCUCGUGGGUGACAGGGAUUCUAGUGUCUACAACACGUUGCUAGAAAAACCACCGUACGGGUCCCUUGAGUUGGUGGAAAAAAUAGACUGUAAGAACCACCUACUGCGGAAUUAUCGUUCGUGGACUAUUGAGCUCCACGGCAACACCAAGCUUCCUCUGCCUGAUCACGUGGACCCGAGGGACCAGCGAGCCGUGACCGCCAUGAAGAAGGAGAUGUUAGCCUUGCGGUGCCACAUCAGAGACAACGUCAAGAGGCUUUCCAACGGCAUCGCCAAGGCCAGCACAUACAGGGGAGCAGAGAAAGGUAAUGGAAAUUUCGGUUUGGUGAAGGGGCGCAGAGGUUGCAGUCGUCAGCUAAUCACUAGCGUGUUUUUUUUUGCAGAUCGGCUGGAUGUCCGUAUUCAACGGCUACAGCAGGACAUACUGAACGUGGCAGCGCAUCCAAAGCCCGCGCGGCCGCGGCCACCCCUUCAACAUCAGCAGCCCCUGCCCAAGCCGCGGCCACCCCUUCGACAUCAGCAGCCCUUCCCCAAGCCGCGGCCGCGAUCCCAGCGGAGGAAAACUUGGUGCCCCGGCUGCAGGCGGCAGGCCUGUGGAGCGAGUUGA